CUUGUCAAACCUUAUUCAAGAAUGUUUUCCCUUCUGAUAUUUUAUUCAAUCUUUCUGAACUAAAUUCAUCAACCAAGGCCUGUGAAUGAAAUACCGUCUUAAAUGUUUUUUCCAUUAAUUUUAGAAGCAAAUUCCGAGCAAGUCAAGUCACAGUAAAAAACAAAAGUUAUAUAAGUCCGUUGUUCCCGCUUCCCGCUAUUUUCGAUAGUUUCCCGCCGUCAGACUCUGAAAAAAGCCAGAUUUGCCGGUUAAAAUCGUUGAAUUGGCAGCACCACUCAUUGAAGGCCAGCUGCCGCUGCUUCCCGCGCAUUUUCCUCGACCGUGGUAGGUCGAAAUCUGUUUGGCUUGCAUUCCGUGUUUUCACUCGCCUCAAAACCGCCGUAGCAACACCAUCCAGACAACGUGGAACUCCCGCAGAACCAAGGACCGGCAUUAUUUCCAUUUUUCGGAGACAAAAAUUGUGAAAAUACAAGAUAAAAUGCCGCGCAGAAAGGCCCUGACGAACAACAACAAUGCCGGCGAGUCGGAGCAGCAGCCGCCGAAGGCGAAGCGCGCCAGGAUCGCUUUUCAUCUGGAGCUGCCCAAGCGGAGGACCAUUCUGGGCAACGUGCUGGUGUGCGGCAACGGGGAUGUGGGACAGCUGGGUCUCGGCGAGGACAUCCUGGAGCGCAAGCGCCUCAGCCCGGUGGCUGGCAUCCCAGAUCCCGUGGACAUCUCCGCCGGUGGCAUGCACAACCUGGUGCUGACCAAGACGGGAGACAUCUACUCGUUUGGGUGCAAUGAUGAAGGAGCUCUGGGUCGCGACACCAGCGAGGAUGGCAGCGAAGCCAAGCCAGGACUUAUUGAUUUGCCCGGCAAGGCAUUGUGCAUUUCGGCCGGCGAUUCCCACUCCGCGUGCCUGCUGGAGGAUGGUCGCGUCUUCGCCUGGGGUUCGUUCAGGGACUCUCACGGCAACAUGGGCCUCACCAUCGAUGGUAACAAGCGUACGCCCAUCGAUCUGAUGGAGGGCACUGUCUGCUGCAGCAUCGCCUCCGGCUCCGAUCACCUGGUCAUCCUGACCACCGCCGGCAAGGUCUUCACCGUGGGCUGUGCCGAGCAGGGCCAACUGGGCCGACUCUCGGAACGUUCCAUCUCCGGCGAGGGUCGUCGUGGCAAGCGCGAUUUACUGCGGCCCACCCAGCUCUUCAUCACGCGGGCCAAACCCUUCGAGGCCAUUUGGGCCACCAACUACUGCACAUUCAUGCGUGAAUCGCAAACGCAGGUCAUCUGGGCCACGGGGCUGAACAAUUUCAAGCAGCUGGCCCACGAGACGAAGGGCAAGGAUUUCGCACUGACGCCCAUCAGGACGGAGCUCAAGGAUAUCCAGUACAUUGCCGGCGGACAGCAUCACACUGUCGUCCUGACCACGGACCUCAAGUGCUCGGUGGUGGGUCGCCCGGAGUACGGACGCCUGGGCCUAGGCGAUGUCAAGGAUGUUGUGGAAAAGCCUGCGCUUGUGAAGAAGCUGACCGACCGGAUCGUGGCCGUGGGCUGCGGCGAAGUCUGUUCCUAUGCCAUUAGCGAGGAUGGCAAACUGUAUUCCUGGGGCUCCGGCGUCAACAACCAACUGGGCGUUGGCGAUGGCGACGAUGAGCUGGAACCGGUAGUGGUAGUCAGUAAGAACACACAAAACAAGCGAAUGCUGCUCGCAGCCGGCGGUGGCCAGCAUGCUAUAUUCUUGGUCCAAGCGGAUAAGCAGGAGCAGAAAGAGAACCUACCGGUGAAGGCGUCCGGCAGCAGCAGCAGCAACAAGAAGGACAACCCACCGCCGCAGGAUGAUGCCGAAAAGGAGGGCGAAAAGGCGGAUAAACAGGAGCAGAAGGAGAAUGUGCCGGCGAAGGCGGCCGGGAGCAGCAGCAGCAAAAAAAACAAGACUCCGCCGCAGGAUGAUGCCGUCGAGCAGGCCGAAGAGGAGCCUACUCCGGAACCGACUACCAAGAAGGCCAAGAAGCCGGCUGCCAAGCGGGGAGCAAAGAAAACAUAAUAACUAUAAGAACGCUGACUUACCCUAGUUAGAAAAAACCGUACGCUUACUGAAUCCUGUUAAGUUCUUAUUAUUUUGAUAAAUAGAAGCCCGCUUAUGUCUUAAAAGUCUGCCUAACGAUGAAACUUCUUUAUCAAGCCAACUAAAUGUUUAUUAAUUACAUUCGUUUAAAAUACGAAACCGUAGUAAAUUUGUAUUUGAACGCAAAAUGAAA